AAGAUUUUCAAUGACAACUGUGAGGUACAGUUCGCUUUGUGCUCAGUGAGUCCGUAAAUACUCCACAAUUGAAAGCUGUGUAUAGGUAUAACUUAUCAAAACUUCCCAGAAAAAACGAACUUCUAAAUUGCGGUAAUUAUAAGUAUAGUAUUUAAACGUUCAAUAUGUUUCUUCGAUGGUACCGCCAGUUUAUUUCCGUCAUUUAUAAUAAAGUUUCCAAACCAAAAAGACAUGGAAAAGUUGAGUUCUGAUCAAAAACAGCUGGACGAGGGCGUCAAAAUAUUCGAUUUUAGCAGAAGAGUAUCUAAAGCCGUAGGAUUGUGGCCUUUAGCUUCAAAUGAUUACAUUUUUACUUUCUCAUAUUGUUAUUUCACAGUGAUAAUGAUUUUUGAGUGGAUGGAUUUGUACUACUCGCUGGAUGAUCUCAACGAUGUCCUCGACAAUCUCACAGAAAACUUAUCGUACACCCAAAUUUACAUCCGUGGUAUUAUUUUGAGGAUCCACAUGAACAGACUGAAGAAAAUAAUUAAAAACACAAUCGGUGAUUUUAGUAUAAAUAGCUUCAAAAAUCCCUCGGAGAUAAAAAUAUUCAUGACUUACAUCAAAAAGGGUCGAUUUUUCGUCAAGUCAAUAAUUUCUUUCAUGGCGAUGACUGUAAUUACUUGGUACUUUCAGCCUUUGACAACCCCAGCUCCUGUCGCUAGUGAUAAUGAGACGAUAAUGUUCCUUUUGCCUUAUCGCUGUCACAUAAUUUUUGAAAUAAAUGAUACAAAAUCUUACAUGCUGACUUACAUUGCCUUUGCGCCUUACACAUGGAUCCACGGAUGCAGCCACGCUUCAGUCGAGUGUUUCCUCAUUACUCUUGUUUAUUAUUUACGAGGAAGACUAGUUAUCUUGGCGGGCAGAAUCGACAGACUGAGUGGAAGGGAAACACUUGAGUGGAAAAAUGAUUUUCAAGACAUCAUUGUGGAACAUAUUAGAUUGCUCAAAUUAGGAAACAAUGUCAUCGAUAUCUACAGCACGUCGUUGAUGGUUUACAUGAUUUGCACAACCAUCUGCAUUUGCGUUAUUGGCUACAAAAUACUGGUUAACUGCAUGACCGGACCAGAUGCGGAUUUAGUCCAAUUUUUUAUAUAUGUAUUUGCGGUGUACCUCAUAAUGACAAUAUUUUGUUUCAUCAGCGAGCAGCUCAUGUCUGAGUGUGAUAAAGUUAGCGAAGCUUUUUGGAAUUGUGAAUGGUACCGAAUGCCGCCAAAGACUGUUGUUAAUGUCAUGUUCUGUAUUCAAAGAUCUCAACGACCACUUACGCUGAAAAUUGGAAAAUUUGCACACUUUGGCAACAAUAUGCUGACAGUUGUCACCAAAACCGCUAUGGGAUACUUAAGUGUUUUACGUAACUUUUUAGUAAUUGAGUAAUGUGUUAAAAAAAUUUUUUCUAUAAUUCAUAAAAAAAUCACAAAAAGUGAUAAUUAAAAAUUAAAUUGUAGA